AUGAAAUCAACCGUCACUCUACGAUAUAGGUGGAUACUGUGUGCGCGCGUGGUGCGCGUUUUGGCAGGCAUCUCAAGUGUCGCACAGCCUCAGUCAAACGGUGGCCAGGGAGGAAGGAGAGGCGCUCUGGGUCUCCAGGAGUUGGAAAAGGGAUCGCUGCAGGGCUCUUGCAGGGUUGCUGAUCAGACCUCCGUCAUGUGGAAUCAGCAAGGCAACGAGCAUGGGAGUGGACAUCUGGGAUAUGGUCAAAUGAAUGGAGGAGCUGCCAAUUGUGGCCCCUCUGGAGAGAGUUAUGGUGGCCCUUACACAAACCACAACGUGUAUGGGGUAAAUGGCGUCCCUGGUCAAGUAAGCAGUAAUGUUGACAAGGAUCAUGCAUAUGGCGGGGAGCACCAAAGCAGCGCACAGCUUGGUCUGAGGAUAGGCGAUGAGGUUGGACCUUACUCGGGGCCAGCCUAUGCUUAUGGCUCGGAGAACGUAAGCUUUGAUGCAUAUGGGGAGCUUGCUCAGCCUGCUUAUGGGUACAGUCAGCCGGGGCUCGUUGAGCAGGGACAUUAUGGUCAUAACAUGCAGACGUAUAGAAGUGAUGAAAGAAAUGCUCAAAACGAGAGCUACCAACACUAUGAGCAACCAUCUGUACCACCUGUAAGCUACGUAAGCCAUGAGUACGCGAGUUCUGCACGACCUAUAAGCUAUGACCACCCUGGUUCCGCACAUUCCGAGCCGCCAAGCUCCACAGCGUUUGCGGGGAGCACUGCCAAGGACUCAAAUGGGGUGGAAGUAGAAAGGGAUUCUGGGAGGACGGAGUCAAAAGGCAGCGAGAAAUUGACAGAAAGGCCCACGGCGGACCUUCUGAACCAAAAGGCGGAUUCAAAUGCGGGGGCGGAAGAUCAUCCAAAGAGCGCACCCGUCCCAAAACAAGCGCUCAUGACGAUCAAGAAGAAUCCAAGCAACGGCAAAGCCACGGGGCCGCGGCUUGCCUUUGGUUUUAAAUCGGCGUCCAAAGUGAAGGCGACCAUCAACCCGCUGAAGGCGGCGCUCGAGACCGACGAGUUGGAAAGGGAAGAGGCGGAGAAGAAAGAGGAAGCAGAGAGGGCCGCCAAGCGGCAAAAGCUUGGGAUUGCGCCGCCACCUUCGGAAGCGCCCGCACGCGCGCCGGCUGCGCCCCCACCAGCUCCUGAGGAUGCGGAGGUGUGCCGGAUUGCCGAGAAGCUCGCCAAGUUUGUGGCCAAGAACGGGAGAGGCUUGGAAAACACGACCCGGCAGCGAAACCCAGGGGACACUCCGUUCAGGUUCCUCUUCGACCCCUCGUCGUCUGACUACAAGUACUACGAAUACUGCAUCGGUUUGGAAGAGAAAGCUCUUCAAGAAGCCGCAUCCAGUGCGCAGGCACCACAGGAAGCGGGCCGGCCAGUUCAGACACCGCCCGCGCAGCCUCAAGCCCAGCCUGUUGAGCGCAGGCGGGGGUUCUCAGACGCGCCUCCCCCAGGUCGCCCGGAGCCAUCAGGCGUUUCUUCCAGCCAGGACGAUAAGCUUUCGCAGGAGGACUCGCUGGCGAAGAUGGAGUUCUACGCGCGGCAAGCGGCGCGCGCAAACGCCAGUAGGGAGCCUCGGGAGAACACGCGGGAGAUGCCGCCGCCCGAAGCGAACCAAGAUCCGGGCGGCCCCCCGCGGCGAGGCCACCACAUGGGCGACUUCAUUCCCGAGGAGGAGCUGCAAACGUUCCUGUCUAUGACAACCCCAGGGGCCCGGAUUCCGCCCCCCGAAGACCGGAAUAAGAUUGGGUCGUCCAACGUGGGGCACAAGCUGCUGUCUAAGAUGGGCUGGACGGAAGGCAGCGGCCUUGGGGCAGGCGGCGCAGGAAUGAUAGACCCGCUCGCGGCGGGGGGCGCAAAGCUGGACGGGCUGGGGGUCGGCGCCGCGCAGACGCACGAGCCAACGUCGAGCGACGAUAUCUACGAGCAGUACAAGAAGCGCAUGAUGCUGGGCUACAAGCACCGGCCAAACCCGCUGGGGAAUCCAAGAAAAGCCUAUUACUAGACGCCACACUGAUCUACAGUCUGGCUUCCGACCACCCUUGAAGAUCUUGUCAACAUCCAACGAGAAUUGGAGUUGAAGUCUAGGUCUUUUGAAACACGAGAUUUGAAACGUAUUCCAACAGCCAUUGAAAAGCAAGGCCGUGCAGGAUCCUAUGCGUAGUAAUUCACUGAGACCAGUGCACCGAUCGCUUAAAUCCGGAUCUACGCAAUCUUCAUCGAAGCCAGUGUUUUGAAACCUCCUCUCAAUGUGAAGUAAUAUGCACUGACUGCAUGGUUGGGUAGCUGGGCGCUGCAGCUUGGGGCUUGUGCUUGCGACGUUUUCGGCCAGACGUAAUGGGCG